AUGUCCAUCAAGAUCUCGUAUGAGGUCGCGCCAGGCAACAUCCGUGACCAGGAGCUCUCUCUCAACCAAGCAAUUGGUCUGCUCUCAGGCAAGGAUUUCUGGAGAACCAGAGACUUUCCAGAGCUGCAGCUCGGCGCCCUCAAGUUCACAGAUGGGCCCAAUGGCGCCCGAGGAGAGAACUGGACAGAGGGGAAAGCCGCCGUAUGCUUCCCGUGUGCCACGGCCCUCGGAGCAUCCUUCGAUCGUAACCUUUUGCGAGAAGUAGGAUCUGCCAUUGCGGUUGACGCUCGUGGGAAACGGGCAAACGGCCUACUGGCGCCGACCGUGAACAUCCACCGCUAUAUACUCAAUGGCCGAAACUUCGAGUCUUACAGUGAAGAUCCCCAUUUGUCUGGCUUCCUCGCGGCAGAGUAUAUCAAUGGCGUCCAGAGCCAGAACAUCGCCGCCAGCCCCAAGCACUUCCUCGGCAACGAGGUCGAGAACGGCAGACGGUGGAGUGACAGCGUGAUUGAUGAACGUGCCCUGCGAGAAAUCUACCUCGAGCCGUUCCGCCUUCUCUGCAAGCACUCAUCGCCGCUGUGUCUCAUGACUGCAUACAACGCCGUCAACGGUGAAUACUGUUCCGAGUCACCAACACUACUACGAAUCGUGCGCGACGAAUGGAAUUACGAUGGCGUCAUCAUCUCGGAUUGGUUCGGUACCUACAGCACCAGUGAGGCCAUCAACGCGGGCCUCGAUCUCGAGCUACCUGGCGAGACCAAGUUCCGCACGCAACAGAAGAUGACGGAAGCUAUCGAAAGGGGCCAAAUUGACCCUGCACACCUAACCACGAUCCUACAACGUGUAGUUGAGCUGCUACAGAAGACCGGCCGUAUCGGUCUCUCUGACGCCGAAGACGCUCGGGGAACCCUCCCUGAACUCUCGUCUGUACCUAACGCCGAGACAAGUGCCCUGCUGCGUCGCGCCGCAGCGGACGGCAUGGUGCUGUUAAAGAACAAGAAUAAUACACUGCCGCUGUCAGCGAGCGCUGGAGAUAAUAUCGCUGUCGUCGGCAAACCAGCGGCCGAGCCAUCCAUCUUUGGUGGGGGCUCGGCAAGCCUGAAGCCCGCGCACAUCUCGACACCGCUCGGGGCACUGUGCCAAACGUACCCUUCGCUGGCGUACUCGGAAGGCGUAGCCGUUCAGAGACUGGUAGAUCUUUCUUGUCAGAUCAAGGUGCCAGAGUCUGAUGUGCGGCUGGAAUGGUUCAAUAGCAGUGAACCGGACGAGAAGCAACUCUUUCGCGAUGAAGUCGUUCCCAAGUCUGAAUACAUGAUGAUGGAGGAUAUCCACGCUGGACUGGCUGACUUGCGGAGCUUUUGCACGCUCAUGACGGUAGUGAUCCAGCCGCCUGUGACAGGGGCGUACCGCCUCAGCCUGACCAGCCCUGGCUCACAAACGUGCUACAUCGAUGGUAAAGUCGUAGGCACUGUGGCUCGAGGUGCCGAGGUUGUCACUGAGGAUUACAUUUUCAACCGUGCUCGCCUUGAGCAACGCAUCGACACUCCCAUCCAUCUCGAAUCCUCCAAGCAAUAUACGCUCACCAUUGUAACCCAGAGCGCCAAGCACUCUCCCGUUCACAUUAACCGAGAGUUCUAUGUGCAGGGAAGCCGCGUUGGCCUCGCCCCUAUUCCCGACGACGACAAGGACAUUGCUGAUGCAGCGGCCAAGGUGUCUGCUUCCGGUGCCGCCGCGACUGUUGUCUUUGUUGGGACUUCGACCCAAUGGGAGUCUGAAGGCUUCGACCGUGUCUCCUACUCCCUCCCGUUGCGGCAGAAUGACCUCAUCCGUGCGGUUGCGAAAGCCUCGCCCGGCCCGACCAUCGUUGUUGUCAACGCGGGGUCCGCGGUUGACUGCACACCUUGGAUUGAUGAGGUUGACGCUGUGAUCCAAGCUUGGUUCCCCGGCCAAGAGUACGGCAGCGCCAUCUCAGACGUGCUCACUGGCCGUGUGUCCCCAAGCGCGAGGCUGCCCACCACCAUCCCUCGCUCCAUGGAGGGCACGUGCACUGGGGAUCUUACCGGCAAGACUGAGGGAGAUAAAGGUGUCCAGAAGCGCAUUGUUUACCAGGAGAGCUGGGCUGUGGGUUACCGUGCUUUCGGUGGCAAUCGGGAUUGGUACAAUCCGCUGUUUGCUUUCGGACACGGGCUUUCGUACUCAGAGUUCUCUUAUGGAGCCAUUAAGCAGGAGCUCAUCCACGGCGACGAUGAUAUCAGCGUCGCUUUAUCAGUUCCUGUCAAGAAUACGGGCGACGUCGAAGCAGCUGAGGUGGUGCAGCUGUACGUUCAGCCCCCACAAGGCUCAGUCGAGCGACCGAUCGUAGAGCUGAGGGCAUUCGCAAAGACGCAACGGCUUGCCUCGGGUGAGGAGCAGACGGUGCAGCUUCAACUCUCGAAAGAGGCAUUCAGCUUCUGGGAUGUUGAAACUCAUAGCUGGAAGGUGGAGGCUGGCGAGUACACGGUGCUCUUCGCCGGCAGCGCAGGUGUCGGUGACUGGAUCGAGACUGGUGAGCGUGUUUCAAUUACGGUGGAUAAGACAUUCCACUGGUCGGCCUAG